AUGCAUCUGAGUAGGCUUGGGCUGCUUGCCCUCGGGGCAGCUGCAGUCGAUGCCUUCCGUGAUACCUCACCAUUCUUCCUUGCAUCGACCUCCGAGCUCCUCGCGAACUCCGCAAACAUCAAGACCAGCGCCUCGCUAUUCGGUGAUCUUUCUUCUGCUCUUGGAUUAUGCCCGUCAGAAUACUACGUUCUUGUCAACCAGCCUGGCGUGCAUAGCUCCGACUUCGCGACCCGCAAGUCGGCACCCCGCCUCGGCGCGAAGAUGCUGGGCAAGGACAAGUCCAUCAGAUCGAAAAUGAGCGUCAACGAAGUGGCUGGUCUUUUGGAGGUCAAACAAAUCAAGGAUCUGCUAGAGGAGAAGUGCCGGGCGCAGACUACCUUCAUUGACGGCUCUUCUGGAUCAUACCCUUCAUACUUUGAGUCGGGUCCUCGGAUCAUCGACAUCGAGUUCCCCAUGCUCUCGCUUGGAUCGGACCGUGCCGACCAGCUCUCCAACAAUGAUGGCCUGAUUGCCGAUAUCAUUGAACGAAUUCCUUCCUCCUCCAAGUAUACUCUUCUCUAUGUCACCUCGCCGAGAGAGUUCCCCGAGACCGAUUCCAUGGUCUACGAGACCGAGGACGCCUAUCCCGACUCCGUCCGCAUGGAACUCAAGCGCGACUACUCCUCUCACUCUUCCUACUCUAGCGCUUCCGAGUCAGAUCGCCAUACUUCUCUGUUUGACGAGUACCAGUUCUUUACCCCAGGUCUUUUCAUGGGGUUCAUGGCUUCAUUCCUGUGCCUGAUCAUCCUGUAUAUUGCUAUCAGCGCUGUCAGCAGCCUCCAAGUUCCCUAUGCUGCAUUUGAGAAGGAUACUUCCGCUGCUGUGCACAAGAAGCAGCAGUAG